UGUCAGUCAAAGGACAUUUAAAUGGCCACACUGUUAGAGAAUUGUAGACAUUUAAGCGCGAUAAUAACAUUGUUACAUUAAUCUUUCUGCAGCCAGCCGCCGACACGCGAGUCCCACUUUUAUCGGCGUUGCUCGUUUACCGGAAAACCCUAAUUUCACGGCGUUGUUUUGGGGGAAAAAAGCAAAAUGAGCGACGAGGACGACUUUUUGCAGAAAGCCAGAACUGGGUUUGAAGAUCUCUGUCGAGCUUUGAAUAUGGACGAGGGGGCGAGCAACGACGCAUGGAAGAGCUACGAAAACAUAAGCAGAAAUUUCACAUUAGAGGGCAGUGAGCUGCACUGGCUGGCCUGUGCACUCUAUGUGGCCUGUAGGUCCUCAGUGCCCACGGUGGGGAAGGGCACUGCGGAGGGGAACUAUGUCUCUCUGACCAGAAUCCUCCGCUGCUCAGAACAGAGCCUGAUUGAGUUUUUUAAUAAGAUGAAGAAGUGGCAAGACAUGGCCAACCUGCCUCAGGACUUCCGUCAGAGCACAGAGAAGCUGGAGAGAAACUUCACAGUGUCGGCAGUCAUCUUUAAGAAGUACGUCCCCAUCUUCAAAGCCAUCUUCAAGGCCCCGUCAGAGGACCCGCCUCGAGUUCACCGGAGCCGCAAACAGAGACGCCAUCCGUGCACUGUGUCUGAGGUCUUUAACUUCUGCUGGAUCCUCUUUGUCCAUGCGAAAGGGAACUUCCCUAUGAUCAGUGAUGACCUGGUCAACUCCUACCAUCUGCUUCUGUGCGCUCUAGACUUGGUCUUCACCAACGCUCUGCUGUGCAAUGCCAGGAAAGAUCUGCUCAACCCGAACUUCAAAGGCCUGCCAGAGGACUUCGCCAGUAAGGACUACAGGCCCGCCGCAGGCCCCUACUGCUUCAUCGAGCAGCUGUGUGAGCUGCAUGACGGCCUGGUGCUGGAGGCCAAGGGCGUCAAAGAGCACUUCUGGAAGCCCUUCAUCAAGAAGCUCUUUCAUAAGAGGAUUCUUAAAGGAAAAGAAGACAGCUUGACAGGGUUUCUGGAUCCUAUGAACUUUGGAGACAGUUUUGCAUCACUGGGUCGUGUGUAUGAGGAGCACAUCCUGGCCACAGGCAGUUUAGAUGAGAGGAUCUUCACAGGGGAGGGGGCGAGUGAAGACAUCGGCACCCCGGGGCCCUGCCUGUGUGAGGGGGUGGAGAACCAGGACAGCUCCACCUACAGGCUGCACACUAACCUCACAGCCUCGGCUCUGAAGGUUUCCACUCCUCUUACUGGUAGGAAAUAUGUCCAGGACAACAGCCUGGCAUCUCCGCUCUCCUCUGCCAUGCAGAGCGUCGGACGGCUCCACAGUCUGCUGACGAGAAACAAACACGGACCCAGCUCUAGACUGAUAGAAAUACUCAGAGCCUGUGCCAGAGACCCCAGUGAUGUCAUCAGCAAGCGCCUGAAGGACAUGUUCCAGCUCUUCAGUCAACAUUAUGAGAGCAAUGAGGCAGAGAACCCGGGCAUGGGGAAAGAUAUGGCAGUGAAGUAUUUUCGCCUGGCGGAGGCACUGUACUACAAGGUUCUGGAGGCCAUCAUCGAGCGGGAGAAGAAGAUACUCGGUGACGCUGACCUGUCUAGUAUUCUGGAGCAGGACGUCUUCCACCGCUCCCUGCUGGCCUGCUGUCUGGAGAUCGUCAUCUUCUCUUACAGACCUCCAGGAGAUUUUCCCACUGUGAUUAGCAUCUUCCAGCUCCCCGCCUACCACUUCUACAAGGUGAUUGAGGUGCUGGUGCGGGCAGAGCAGGGUCUAUUUCGGGAGGUGGUGAAGCACCUGAACCAGGUGGAGGAGCAGGUCCUGGAGAGCCUGGCCUGGACCAGGGACUCUCCGCUCUGGGAAAGCCUCCGUGGGGCCAAAGAUCACAUCCCCACCUGCCAGGAGGUGAUGCCUCCUCAGUAUCUGGAGCAAAACGAUGGAGGCAGCAAUACAGGCAGCGGCCCGCUCACACCCAUCACCCGUGGGCCUGACCUCACAGCCAACAGUACUGUCAAAGGCGUGUCCCCCUCCCCCACUACCCUGCUGGACCGAUACAGCUCCCCGCCCACCGGCAUGGCCCGAAGGCGUCUGUUUGUCGACCCGGUGGACAGCACCGGCACCACCGAUCCCUGCAUCACCUCCACCAGCACCGCCAGUACCACAAGUACAGCCGCCGCCACCGCGCCCAAGACUGGUCAGGCCAGCCUGGUCACCGCAAUACCAGCCGGGCAGACUGUGGUCACCAUGGCAACUGCCACUGUUACCGCCAACAAUGGCCAGACAGUUACUAUACCUGUGCAAGGGAUAGCCAAUGAGAGCGGAGGCAUCACAUUCAUCCCAGUCCAAGUGAGUGUGACUGGGCAGGGCGGGGCCACACUGCAGCCACUGUCCGCUCAGACUCUGACUGGCACCAUCACCGCCCAAACAGGUGUCACUAAGCCAGUCCCCAAAUCACCCAGCAGUCCACUGAGGAAAGGCUCACUGUCCCUGUUCUUCAGGAAGGUGUACCACCUGGCCAGUGUGCGUCUUAGAGAUCUGUGUGCCAAGCUUGACAUCUCAUCAGAGCUGAGGAGGAAGAUCUGGACGUGCUUCGAAUAUUCUCUGGUCCACUGCACCGAACUCAUGAUGGACCGUCAUCUCGACCAACUCCUCAUGUGUGCCGUCUAUGUCAUGACUAAGGUGACCAAAGAGGACAAGUCCUUCCAGAACAUUAUGAAGUGUUAUCGAACCCAGCCUCAGGCCAGCAGUACCGUCUACAGGAGUGUGUUAAUCUCAGGGAGGAAGAGGCAUCAGUCAGGCAGCAGUGAUGCCAACAGACGCAAUUCACCUACUGCAGCCAGCAGCCAGGAAGCAGCAGGUGGAGACAACAGCCCAGUUCCUAUACGCUCCAGCAGCACCUUACCCGCCCCCCAGCCCGGCAGCAACCCCUCCACGCCCACCAACACUGCCUCCAAGACUGCCUCCUCCACCGCCGGCUCCACACUGAGUGAUGGCGAGGAGGAGCGAGGAGACCUCAUUCACUUCUACAACCAGGUUUACAUCAAGCAGAUGAGGCACUUUGCCCUGCGAUACUCACCAAGUUCACCCUCUGCAGGGGUGGAGUCUCCUCCGCUGUGUCCAUAUCCCACCCUGAGGACCGGGUCGCCCCGUCGGGUGCUGCUGUCCAGCAAACACUCCAUCUACAUCUCACCACAUAAGGCUGGCACGCCACCAACACCCACAACCCCCCGCGACAAAAUCUAUUAUUACAUCUGCAGCAGCCCCCCCAACCGCCUGCAGGAGAUCAACAGCAUGAUCCGAACAGGUGAGACUCCCAUCAGGAAGCGCAGCAUGCCUCUGGAGGAGGAGCUGUCGCCCAAGAGGGUUUGUCCCGACAACCACUCUGCGCUGCUCCGCCGCCUGCAGGACGUCGCCAACGACCGCAGCUCCUCUCACUGAGCCACCACACAUUCAUUGCACCUUAAUAUCUCCAUACCAACAUACACCCGCACCACCAGACUGACUGCAUCACCACCUCACCUGUACCAGCAUAUCACCAUGAGGGGGAAGAAGUUCACUUUUUGUAGGGGCAUUUUGGUCCUUUUUUAGCAGCGAUUUUAUAUAAUAAAUUUGUACCAUUAAUAUUUGUUUUAUUUUAAAUUCUAAAAUUCCAUACAUGCCACACUUUUCUCCCACUGCUGGAAAUUGGUGUCAUAUUUCAUUUUAUUUAAUAACGUACUAUAAGGUGGCAGCUUUUACUGAGGUCCUGUAUUUCGGUGUCAGUAUUCAGCCUUGCACCCAGUCUAUCUGCUAACUUUACAAACAUUUACAAAAGAAUAGACACUGAUUUAACAGGAUGGUCUAGGCCGCCAAACUCAUUGCAAGCACAUAUUUCACCCAUUAAAACUGAUGUAUUACCAUGAUUGAAUUGGUUGUACUCCCCACCUGUCCAAACCCCCUGGAAAAGUUCCACUCUGUGAUGUCAGGAUUUAUGUGGAAGGAGAAACAACCAAGAAUGAAGCCGUCAGGUCUCCAGCAACACAGAGUAGACAGACAGGUUAUCCCUCUGUAACUUUAAGGUUUUCAUGGACUUCCACUGAAAGACAUUUAUCUGUCGACUUUCAGCGACUUGUACAGGUAAGUUGGAGGCCUACAGAAUGUAGCUUGGCUCCACAGACUUCAAGACUUCUUUUACUCAGCAGUCCCUGUCAGACAGGAUGAACUAUUUGAUCUCUCAUUAUUAGUUUGGCUAGUGGAGUCAAAGACCUAUCAGAUGUUUUAGCAGUUAGUUGAUCAGGUGGUGGUGAUCAAAUGUCAAGCAGUUUGUCGAACACUUUGAUUUCUCCUGCACUCUGUACUGUAUAAACAUGUGAUUGACUUGUACCAUCAGUAUUAUGUUGCUGUGUUGUGUGGUAUAUUCUGAAUAUGUCACCAACCUGAUUUCAUCUUGUUUUGAGCUGGAAAGUCAUCCGAAUCAUUUGAACCCAUCUCACUGAGUGUUAUGUCAGCAUUCCAUCCAUAUACUCUGGACUACAGGAAUGUAUUUUGGGAUUUUACUGUUGAGUAUUUUAUACUAAGUUUGAUAUUGAAGCAAAGGUGUGAUGAAGUAGCAUUGGAAGCACGUGACAGUGGCUUUUUUCUUAAGACUGAAUGCUGUGCUGCAAUGCACAUGUCUUUUGACAAGUGUUUUUUAAUGCCUUGUUAACUAAUGUUCUUAUUCACCCCACUAGCUUUCUGCCAUUGAUUUUAUAAAGCAAAACAACAUGUGCUUUUGAUGUUUUAUUUUAUAUUCCUACUUUAUGUUGUGUGAAUUCUAUUCUCAAAGUUAUUUUCUAAAGCAGGUUACCUAUAUUAGACAACCCAGUGUUUUCUGUUAAGCAUGAUACUAAUAGCAAAAAUAUGAUUUGAUUCCUUGUCCCAUUUAGCUUUUAACUGAUUGGUAGCUAAAGAGUUUUAUUUCAAAACAUUGUCAAUCCAUUAUGGAUGAAAAUUGCUCCCUAAUCUUUAUUUUCCAUCAUUUAGAAACAAAUGAUGACACAUGUCGGUAACACUGAAAUGUUAAUGUGUAAGUAAAGGGCUCAAGAUCUGUUCUUAUAUGAGCAAUCAUUUUGCCAGAGCAGUUGACAUACUUUGCAGAUGGUAUGUCUUAUUUUGGAAUGUAUCUAUGUUACUCUACAAGAGACUUCCUCCCUGUAAUCACGCAUUGCAACUCAAACAGUGUAUUAUUUGUUGACCAUCAGCUUGACUGACUCUGUCAUGGCAAGUAGUGUGUAAAUAUUUGUAAAAAGAGAAAAGAAAACCUAUUUUAUUGUGGGCAGUGUAAGUUAAGUGCCUUUUUUUUUACUUCUAAAUCAUCUGAAUCUAUUUGUCUAAAUUCACCAGACCUUUCAUUCGAUUGUCUUGAUUGUAAAACAACCACCCAGGCAAAAUAAAAAGAGUAAACCGAGG